CUAGCGAGAGCGCGCCGGUCGCAAGAUGGCUGCGGCCAUGCGAGGCCUUGCUGUGUGUGCGCAGCGGGCGGCGGAGCAGCUCGGGCAGCAGGGACAGCGACGACACUAGCUCAGCCCUCAGCCACUCUUCUAGAACGCCAUCCCAGCCUCUGCCAGCUUCGUCCGAAAUGGAUCUGGUCGUGGGCCCCGGUGCAGUUGGGCCCAGCAAUGUCCCGGCCUUCCUAACCAAGCUGUGGACCCUCGUGAGCGACCCGGACACCGACGCGCUCAUCUGCUGGAGCCCGAGUGGGAACAGCUUCCACGUGUUUGACCAGGGCCAGUUUGCCAAGGAGGUGCUGCCCAAGUACUUCAAGCACAACAACAUGGCCAGCUUUGUGCGGCAGCUCAACAUGUAUGGCUUCCGAAAAGUAGUCCACAUUGAGCAGGGCGGCCUGGUCAAGCCUGAGAGGGAUGACACCGAGUUCCAGCAUCCAUGUUUCCUGCGUGGCCAGGAACAACUCCUUGAGAACAUCAAGAGGAAAGUGACCAGUGUGUCCACUUUGAAGAAUGAGGACAUAAAAAUACGCCAGGACAGUGUCACCAGGCUGUUGACGGAUGUGCAGCUGAUGAAGGGGAAGCAGGAAUGUAUGGACUCCAAGCUCCUGGCCAUGAAGCACGAGAACGAGGCCCUGUGGCGGGAGGUGGCCAGCCUGCGACAGAAGCAUGCCCAGCAGCAAAAAGUUGUCAACAAGCUCAUUCAGUUCCUGAUAUCACUGGUGCAGUCGAACCGGAUCCUAGGGGUGAAGAGAAAGAUCCCUCUGAUGUUGAGCGAUAGCAGCUCAGCACACUCUGUGCCCAAGUAUGGUCGACAGUACUCCCUGGAACAUGUCCAUGGUCCUGGCCCAUACUCAGCUCCAUCUCCAGCCUACAGCAGCUCUAGUCUUUACACCUCUGAUGCGGUCACCAGCUCUGGACCCAUUAUCUCCGAUAUCACUGAGCUGACUCCUACCAGCCCUUUGGCAUCCCCAGGCAGGAGCAUAGAUGAGAGACCCCUAUCCAGCAGCACCCUGAUCCGUGUCAAGGAAGAGCCCCCCAGCCCACCUCGGAGCCCUCGGGUACUGGAGGCAAGCCCUGGGCGCCAAUCCUCCAUGGAUACACCUUUAUCCCCAACUGCCUUCAUUGACUCCAUCCUUCGAGAGAGCGAGCCUACCCCUGCUGCCUCAAACACAGCCUCUGUGGAUACAACCGGAGCCCAUGCCCCCACACCCCUGCCCUCCUCUACCCCUGAGAAGUGCCUCAGCGUAGCCUGUCUAGACAAUUUGGCUCGCGCUCCACAGAUGUCUGGGGUCGCCCGCCUCUUCCCCUGCCCCUCCUCUUCCUUUCUGCAUGGCCGAGUCCAGCCAGGGAACGAGCUCAGUGAUCACUUGGAUGCCAUGGACUCCAACCUGGACAACCUGCAGACCAUGCUGACAAGCCACGGCUUCAGCGUGGACACCAGUGCACUGCUGGACCUAUUCAGCCCCUCGGUGACCAUGCCCGACAUGAGCCUGCCUGACCUGGACAGCAGCCUGGCCAGCAUUCAGGAGCUCCUAUCUCCCCAAGAGCCCCCCAAGCCUAUUGAGGCAGAGAACAGUAACCCUGACUCAGGGAAGCAGCUGGUACACUAUACAGCUCAACCCCUGUUCCUGUUGGACCCUGACGCUGUGGACACAGGGAACAGCGAACUGCCUGUGCUCUUUGAGCUGGGGGAAAGCUCUUACUUCUCCGAGGGGGAUGACUACACGGAUGACCCCACCAUCUCUCUUCUGACGGGCACUGAACCCCCCAAAGCCAAGGAUCCCACUGUCUCCUAGACGUCCCAGGAGUUGUCAGGAUGGUUUGUGGCUGACGCCCAACCUACCCCUAGGACAUAGCUGGUCCUAGGGAGACAAGACAGUUGCAGUCCAGGGCAUCCUAGGUCAAGUCACCACAACCCCAGUGGAACACAGAUGGGGUGUGAGCCUGGGCAGUACUUCAGGUCAAGAGGACGGUCUUGAGGGCCGCAUACCUGCUGCCUUUACACAGUCCCAGGUCUACUGUCUGCAUCGGACCUUCACAGCCACACUUGGACUGAUCCUGCAGGUUGUUCAUAAAAUUGUAUUUUGGAUUUUUACAUGAGAGUCCCCUUUAGCCCUUCACAAAUAAAUAAAUAAAUAUAUAUAUAUACACACACGCACACAUACAGAUGGACAGAUGAUAAACAGACAGGUUCUACUGUGUUUCCUCCUGCCCUAAGGGAUACAAAAGGUGGUGAUAUAGGCUAGAAGCCCAGAAUGCACUACGUGCCAUCUUGGGGAAAUAAAUAUAGACACCUGUGAUA